UUUUUAAUUUAAAAUUAAUUUUUUAAUAUUUUUAAAUCGUUUUAAUGUUUGAAGGCAAAAAAUAAAUUUUAAAAAAUAAAUUUUUGUGAUAUAUUUAUAUAAAAUUGUUUUUUGAAGCGUAACUUCCGUAUAUACGAUCAAAUCCUGUUUUAAAAGGUUUGUGUCUAUGGAUAAACAUGGACGGGGUUAGCAACAAUCACGGAUGUGAUGUUUGGUUGCAUUGCAUCUUCCAGUCACUGAUAAUAUGGAAGGAGAAGCCAUGGAUGGAAAGUUGGAAACAAGCAAAAUUGCAUGCAUUAAAAUGCACCUCACAAUAUAUAUAUAUAUAUAUAUACACACACUGAAUUGCUUGUCCUCAAUAUUAAACAUGUAUCAUGUCUCAUAUUUGGAUAAAGGGAAGUCACUAGAUGGAUCAUACCUCUUACCCUCCUAUAAAAAGAAAACAGGGAUACGAGGAAAAUCGGAUGCAUAUAUGUAGGAGGGAGGAGAUCUACAGAAAACCUCUUCUCUUCUCUGGCACUAGAUCUUUUUCCAUCCAUGACAGAAUCCAGAAGACUAAAUGAAAAUAAAAACACUUCCAUAUACAGUAGUUAAAAUCUCAAAAAAAGAAGCACUGACUGUAUACAACAGUAAUUCAAGUUCCAGAGAGAAGAAACGAUAAAGGCAAAUGGGUGGUUCAGAGAAUGGAGCAACCGAUAACCAAAAUAAGCCCACCGAGACAAGCCUCUCACCAGAUUCCAUAAUCAAUCUAGAUCAGGGCGAUCCAACGUUGUUCGAGCCAUACUGGAAGAAGAUGGGAGACAAGUGUACGCUGGUGAUUGGAGGGUGUGAUUUGAUGAGUUAUUUCAGUGAUAGUAGCAACAUUUGCUGGUUUUUGCAGCCACAACUUGGCGAUGCCAUAAAGGGACUGCAUCGUGUUGUUGGAAAUGCAGUCACCGACGGUCGCCACAUCGUGGUUGGGACCGGUUCAACACAGCUCUUAAUGGCUGCUCUAUAUGCUCUCUCUUCUCCUUCCGCUAGUCACCCCGUCAGUCUCGUGGCUGCUGCUCCUUAUUACUCGGGAUAUAAGGAUCAGGCAGAAUUCCUGCGUUCAGGACUCUAUAAAUGGGAAGGAGAUGCACAUACCUUUGAUAAGGAUGGACCUUAUAUUGAGGUCGUAACCUCGCCAAAUAACCCUGAUGGUACUAUCCGAGAAGCUGUGGUGAACCUCGGGGAAGGGAAGCUUGUGUAUGACCUGGCCUACUACUGGCCACAAUACACGCCCAUUACUCACCCUUUGGAUCAUGAUAUCAUGUUGUUCACAUUUUCCAAAUGCACUGGACAUGCUGGCUCCCGUAUAGGCUGGGCACUUGUCAAGGAUAAAGAGGUAGCUAGAAAGAUGACCGAAUACAUGCAGAUCAGCUCCAUUGGUGUAUCCAAAGAAUCCCAGCUUCGAGCUGCCAAGAUUCUUGGAGUACUCAGCGAAGGUUGUCAACACUUUAGGACUGCUGAUUCAGAGAACUUCUUCGAGUAUAGCCAUAGAAUUAUGAGAGAAAGACGGGAGAGCCUGCAAAAUGUUGUCAAAAACAGUAAAAUCUUCAGUCUGCCAAAGUUCCCACAAGAUUACUGCAACUUCACCGGGAAGUACACAGAUUCAAAUCCCGCUUUUGCAUGGUUGCACAGCAAGGAGGGUAUAGACUGGGAGAGUCUUUUGCGAGAACAUAAGAUAAUAGGAAGAAGCGGGGAGCGGUUUGGGGCUGAUCCAAAAUAUGUCAGAAUCAGUAUGUUUAGUCCACCAGAAGCGUUUAACCUUUUCUUGGAGAGGUUAUCAGCAAUCAUCGACAACACCAAUGGAAAUGUAGUGGGAGGAGAAGAAAGCUCGAUCAUCAAAUAAAUGCUCUUAGCCUACCUGUCUCGGAGAGCACUGAAGAAUGGGAACCUAGCUAGGGAUACUAGAGUGGUUUAAAUUCAUACAUCCGAUAAGGUUACUGCAGAAUUUAAAUGCGAUAUAUUUAGACAUAUUUGCUACAGCUUUGGACUCUAUUUUUGAACACAGUAUGGGAUGUAUAAUUUCUAUAAACUGUUGCCAUAUAUACAUGCAUAAUCAAAAUAUUUCUUAUCA